GGCAUUUAGUACUAGUUACUAAAUGUUUUUAUUGCAGGUAUGCUAUCUUAUGUUUACAUUUUGAUUUCGCGCAUCAGUGGAGCUGCACGCGCAGCUCCCUGAAAAUUACGUCACUCAUGCGUAACACCUCGUGCAUUACGUCAUCAAUCUAACAGUAAUUCUUUACGCAUCACUUCGCGUCAGCCGUUCACCGGGCAUACUCGUACCGUUUUCUCUUUCGCUUUCCGUAUCUCCUCCGCUGCAAAUACUUCUAUAAUUUUGUUCAAAUUCAAGUCCUUGAUUCGUACGGCUCUCUUUCUUCCUCGCUAAUAUAUCGAUAAAUCACUGAAGUCCUUGGUUUCAACCGCCGACAAGCAUGCCACCAAAACGCCGUGCAGCCAUGAACCAUCGUUUGGUGAGAGGGUCGAAGCGACCACGGGACACUACUGGAACACCGAGGGAGGUGAAUGGAGUACCAAUCACCAUGGAUGCAGCAGCAGAUGGUGAGUUUCAUUACAUUCCUCGUAAUAAUAAUUUUGUGUCCAUACCGUCAGGCAUUUUGACUUCCACCGUGACCGACUCCAACCAAACGGAUCACGCAUUACCUAACCCACACAAUGUUAAUGAGCCGAUAAGAGAGCAAUUGCAGCAAAUAUGGGCGCUUUUGGGGCAGUCAGGAGCCAAUAAAUCCGGCCAUUCGUCUUCUGUGAGCGCUUCCAAUUUCCCCGCGCAUUCCUUCGCUGAGUGCGAGCGAGGCAGGGUUAACCCGUCUUCUCAGAGCGAGGCUCCUGGUGACGCAUCAACCAAUCAAAUGCUACCUUUGGGGGAAUCCCUUGUCUUCCACGCGGAAGCCAUUGAUGCACACGUCAAACAACAAACAAGGGAAAAAGUAUGGAGAGGUGAGUAUGUCGACCUCGGCACGCUUCUCCCUGUUGACGGGGGCGUCGAAGAGGGCGAAUCACUGACCGUGACGACGGACACAACAGGUAGGGUGAUUUUUAAACCGGUCAAAGCUCCAGCUAAAAAACUAACGCUUGGCAGCUGGACAUCCGCUUUUCAUGUUUACAUGAGCAUAUACCUCGGUAAACAUUUCAGUUUAUCUAUCGUGCAAAGUCUCCUCUCUUACAUGGAGACAAUCCGCUCGGCAGCAUUAAGAUUUGGACAGGAAGCCUGGAUGCUAUAUGACCAGCAAUUUCGACACAGAAUGGCGAGAGACCCUCUCCGACGCUGGGACAGAAUUGACGGUGAGUUAUGGUUAAAAUUCAUGACCCCGCAGUCGGGACGCCAACAGGUAGGUGUUUAUCCCCCGGUCAGCAGUCUGUCCCUAGUGUGUUAG